AUGUCUUCUCCUCUUGCUUUCACUCUCACAUUCCUCUUCUUAAUUUCCACAAACCUCUUACUCUCAGAAGCUGCUUCAUCCAACAAUCAAACCUACAACAAUUUCCUUGAAUGCCUAAUCGAUCAAUUCCAACGCUCAAACUCAUCUACUAACACAAUCUUCACCCCUCAAAAUGCUACCUACACCGCUCUCACAUUCACAGACAAUUUCCGUGUACCAGCCACGUGGCCGGGGAAACCCGACCUCGUCGUCGCCCCACGCUCUGUGUCCGAGAUCCAGGGAGCAGUCCUCUGCUCCCGGAUUCUCGGCCUUCAAAUCAAGGUCAAGAGCGGCGGCCACGACUACGAAGGGCUUUCUUUCUUUUCCACGGCGGGGUCAGAGCCCUUCGUGGUCGUCAACAUGAUAAACUUCCGGUCGGUGACCAUCGACGAGAAGGCGAACACCGCACGUGUGCAGCCCGCCGCAACCCUUGGUGAGCUCUACCAAACAAUCUCCCGCACGAGCAAGACGCUCGCUUUCCCAGCAGGCGCCUGCCCUACUGUCGGCGUCGGCGGCCACUUACUCGGAGGAGGGUACGGCAUGAUGUCGCGGAAACACUCCCUCGCCUCCGACCACAUCGUCGACGCCUUACUAAUCAACGCAGACGGCGAGGUCUUGGACCGGAAAACCAUGGGUGAAGAUCUGUUCUGGGCAAUCAGAGGCGGCGGAGGCACAAGCUUCGGGAUCAUUCUAGAAUUCACGGUGACAUUAGUCACCGUCCCUGAAACCAUCACCGUCUUCAACGUGACACGAACGUUAGAAGAGAACGCGACCGAGGUCGUCCACAAAUGGCAGCACGUCGCCGAAAAAAUCGACGACAAUCUCCUCAUGAGGAUAUUCAUAAACCCAACCAACUCUCCGAAGACCGGAAGCCGCACCAUUGAAGCUUCCUUCACGUCGCUGUACCUUGGAAAACCAAGCGAUCUUCUGACAGCCGUGGGUGGACAAUUUCCUGAACUCGGACUGACUGAGAAAGACUGCGUCGAGAUGAGCUGGGCCGAUUCCCUUCUCUACUUCGCGUACAUCGAAAACAAAACCCUAGACGCUUUGCUGGUCAAGAGGCCACAAGGCGGCCCUGGCGCCUACUUCAAAGGAAAGUCGGACUUCGUGAGCGAUCCGAUCCCGCUGAGCGGUCUGAAGGAGAUUUGGGAGUUUCUUAUUCAAGUAGAUGGCGCUCAACUGGAGUUGAGUCCUUUCGGGGGAGCUCUGAGCAAUUAUUCCGAUGAGGAAACACCGUUUCCUCACCGGAAGGGGAAUUUGUACAUGAUCCAUUACGGCGUGUUGUGGAGGAACUCAAUUGAGGGCGAAGCUUCCCUUAGCUGGACGAGAGGGUUCUACGACUACAUGGCACGCCAUGUCACCAAGAAUCCGAGGGCGGCUUACGUGAAUUAUAGAGAUCUUGACAUUGGGAGGAAUGGUGAAGGGAAUAGUACUAAUUAUGAGCAGGCUAGGGUUUGGGGUGAGAGGUAUUUUAAGAACAAUUUCAAGAGAUUGGUGUGUGUGAAGACGAAAUUCGACCCCUCGAACCUCUUCAGAAACGAGCAAAGUAUACCAUCGUUGGUGGGGGAGGUGGCGGCGCUGACCGGAAAUGUUGUGUGAUGAGUUGUAAUGGCAUGAUUGUUUUCCAGUGUGGUGUUGUUUUGUUUUGUCUCUUGCAUGUGUUUUGUGUUUUGCAGCAAGAGACUUGUUGGUUGCUUUGUUGAUCUUUUACUUACUACCCUCGGUAGUAUGAGCGCUUAUAUUCUAUGUCAAAAUAAUUGAAGAUUAUAAUAAAAUCCUAAUUGCAUUUA